UCUCUCUAGAAUUUUCUCUCUCCAAAACGAGGCUCUUCUUUCUCCUCCUCCCUCCUCCUUCAGCGAUGGCGUGCGAGAGGAGCCUGAGCAAGAAGUCCGCCUCGUUCCGCCUCCACAGCCCCAGCCUCAACUCCCUCCGCCUCCGCCGCAUCUUCGACCUCUUUGACCGCAACGGCGACGGGGUCAUCACCGUCGGCGAGCUCGGCCACGCCCUCGCCACCCUCGGCCUCGAGGCCAACCCCGCUGAGGUCGAUGCCGCCGUCGCCUCCUUCGUCAAGCCUGGCUCCGGCCUCGAGUUCGACGGCUUCGUCCUCCUCCACCAGUCCCUCGACAGCAUCUUUCCCGAUCCGUGUGAGAACGGCGACGACGACUCUGGCAGCAGCGGCAGCUCCGGCUCCUCCGAGUCUUCUUCGCAGGAGGAGAGCGACCUGUCGGAGGCGUUCAAGGUGUUCGACGAGGACGGCGAUGGGUUCAUAUCGGCGACGGAGCUGCAGGCGGUCCUCGGCAAGCUCGGGCUGCCGGAGGGGCAGGAGAUCGCGCGGGUCCAGCAGAUGAUCGUGUCGGUCGACCGGAACCAGGACGGGCUGGUCGAUUUCUUCGAGUUCAAGGACAUGAUGCGAGGCGUCAUUGCCACCGUCGGUUCUUGAUGCGAUAUGCAAUUUUCCAGCAUUUGAAUUUUUUUUUUUUUCCCAUGACCAAAAAAAAAAAAAAAAAGGUUUUUUCUGUAUCUUCUUCUUUUCCUGGCGUGUUUCUUGGUUUGUCAUGCACGUGGAAAUGGAAAAAAGGAUCAUGAUCAUGUGAAAUUAUUGGCCGACCAUAUCUUUCGGAAUUUCCUUUAUUAUAUUUAGGGUUUGCCUUUUUGUUA